GUGCGCGUCCGCCCGCAGCGCAGGAGCUUCACUCAGUCGUGCCCCAGCCCCGCGAUGGAGGACAGCGCCAUGGACAUGGAGAGCAUGGGCCCACUGCGCCCGCAGACUUUCCUCUUCGGCUGCGAGCUUAAAGCGGAUAAAGAGUUUCAGUUUAAAGUAGAUGAUGAAGAAAAUGAACAUCAGUUGUCUCUGAGAACGGUUACUUUAGGAGCUGGAGCCAAAGAUGAAUUACACAUUGUAGAAGCAGAAGCACUGGACUAUGAAGGCAACCCUACUAAAGUAGUAUUGGCAUCUCUGAAAAUGUCAGUGCAGCCUACAGUUUCCUUGGGUGGCUUCGAGAUCACACCACCAGUGGUGUUGAGGUUGAAAUGUGGUUCAGGGCCUGUUUACGUCAGUGGUCAGCACCUCGUAGCAUUAGAAGAAGAACCAGAAUCAGAUGAGGAGGAAGAUGAUGCAAAAAUUGUUAAUGCUUCAACAAAGAGACCAGCAAGUGGAGGAGGAGCUAAAACACCACAGAAAAAACCAAAAUUAGCAGAAGAUGAUGAGGAUGACGAUGAAGAUGAGGAUGACGAUGAUGACCUGUUCGUGAGGUUGCAGGAAAAAAUAUGCAGAAAGCAAAGCAGAAUGGAAAAGAUUCUAAGCCAUCCACACCAGCAUCUAAAUCAAAAGGUACUACCCUUCCUAAGCUGGAGCCCAAAUUUGCCAACUACGUUAAGAAUUGCUUCAGGACAGAGGACCAGAAGGUCAUUCAAGCUCUCUGGCAGUGGAGACAGACUCUGUAAGAAAAGAAAACAGUUUAAACAGUUCGUUAAAAUCUGCAAUCUUACUUCUGUAACCAUUAUUUGGCUGUUCUUUUUACAAAUACUGAAAGAGCUUUUCCUCCUGUGUCUGAUAAAUGUCAUCCAGAUUACCUUGCCAAGAAUGUGUUGUCCAAAAUGCCUGUUUAGUUUUUAAAGACAGGACUCCACCCUCAGCUUCAUUUUAAGUAUGUAUGGAAUGUUUUGAUAAGGCAUGGUGGUGGUCAGACAAAUGGAAACGGUGGGGAGACUAAAUGUAUGUGAAAAAAUAAAAUUUAGUAUUUUGAUACAGUA